UUACAUAAUUUCGAUUGCAAUACAAAACUGUCAAACAUCUGUCACUUUGACGUUUGAUCUUUUUGAAAAAAUAAUGCAUUUAUUACGUAUCAAUCCAAUUUUUUUGAAUACAUGUGUACGAAAUUUAUCAAAUUUUAGUUGUGUACCUAAAUACGAUCCAGUAAAUGAAAUUGAUUUAGUAAAAUUAAAAGGAUUCUUAACCAAUCAUAAAAAAAUAUGUGUUUUAACUGGGGCAGGGAUUUCCACAGAAUCAGGAAUUCCAGAUUAUAGAUCAGAAGGAGUUGGAUUAUAUGAACGUACUAACCAUAAACCGGUACAGUUUCCAGAUUUUAUACGAUCAGCAGAAGUUCGUCGCCGUUACUGGGCACGUAAUUAUGUCGGAUGGCCUGGUUUUUCGCAGCGUCAACCGAAUAUUAAUCAUAAAAGUGUAUGCGAUUUAGAAUUAAAAUAUGGAAAAACUUCUGUGAUAAUAACACAAAAUGUGGAUAAAUUGCAUCAUAAAGCUGGAUCGAAAAAUGUUAUAGAAUUGCAUGGGAGUGGUUAUAAAGUGAUUUGCUUAAAAUGUGAUUAUAGCGUGGAUCGACAUGAAUUCCAAAAUACGUUAAAUCAAUUAAAUCCUAAUAUGGUUGCAACAUCACAUGCUAUUCGACCUGAUGGCGAUGUUGAAUUAUCACAGGAACAAAUUGAAAGCUUUAUUCUGCCCGAUUGUCCAAAAUGUACAUACGGAAUGCUAAAACCAGAUAUUGUAUUUUUUGGUGAUACAAUACCACGAGGACGAGCUGUAUCCGUUACAAACAAUGUGGAGGAGAGUGAUGCUUUAUUAGUUUUAGGAUCUAGUUUAACUGUUUUUUCAUCGUAUCGAAUUGCAUUACAAGCAUCUGAAUUACAAAUACCAAUUGCAAUUGUAAAUAUUGGAAAAACACGAGGUGAUCAUUUAGCUGAUAUUAAAAUUUCUACAAAAUGUGGAGAUAUUUUGUCACAGGCUUGUUCUGAAUUGUAAAAAAAAUAA